UCAGCUGAUGAUGUCACGUGACCCUGGCUAACGCGCAGCUAGCCGCCUAGCAUAACAGCUGGUGUAGCAGCCCAGCGGAGAGCGGCUGCGGCUAAAUGUGCGCGUCACCCCGCGGGUCUCAGUCGUGGGGAUCGCUAAGACAUGAGUGAAAACAGCUGGCGUGUGUUGCUUGGCUGCGUGUGAGCGAACAUGUCUCUCCGGUUGUGACCAAAGUGGCCAUGUAUCCUUUCAGCCGUGAGGCGGAGACCUCACUUCAGGACCUGGUUGAAUAUUUCAAGAGGUGCCUGCAGCAUGGAGAGUGGGAGCUGGCCAGUGCCUGUGUGCCACAGCUGGUCCGGUCAACGCACUCUGAAAACCUGCGGGACAUUAUCAAAGCUAUCGUCUGCCAUCCGUACAAGUUAAAAUGGAAGACUGUGGGCAGUCCACACAAACUGGCUUGGUUUUGGCUUCAGGUUUUGGAGAAAUGGACAGAGGAGAAGGUUUCUCCCAACAUCAGAAGAGAGUUGGAGUUUCUUCUGCUCCUGGAGGAACUGGGUUCAGAGGGCAUAACAGAGACUGUUCUCAAGGAGUUGCAUCAGGCCUACUUGAACAGUCAGCCGGACCAAAAGGCUGCAGAGGGUUCGACAUCAACACAUGCUGCUGUUGAGUCCUGCCUCCGAACCUUAUUGGAGAAGAAGAAGCCCAGACUGGCUCAGUCUUUAGCACAUUUCUUACAGGGCCAGUCUUCCACAGAGGACAACACCCUGCAGCACACGUUCAUCCAACACCUGAUGAAGAAACUGGCAAAACCAGAGACGAAGGUGGAGGAGAUAUAUGCAGUGUUGGCCGUGAUGCCGUGGAGCUCUGGUCGGAGCGGUGGGCAGUUUGAGGCUCUGUGUGAAGCGCUGUGGGCAGCCAGAGAGGGACCCCUGAAAGAGGAGAGGAUCCUGAGCUCGCUGCUCCGCCCUCAGUGCGACGCUCUCGUCUCUCUGUACUGCUCCACUGCUCUGAGGCUGCAGAGGGAUCAUCUGCUGAGGAGCACCCCUGACACACCAGAUUUAGACAUGUAG